CAACAUGCGUUCCACAAACACAUCGAUGAUGAUACUGAUGAUGGCUGGCGAAAACAAAAAUGGCGUCGAAGUUUGUUGUGAUUGCAUGAGUGCAUGCUCGGUGCAAACUAUUUUCGUAAAAUAGUGACGAUUUACGAUGGUUUUUAAGUGAAAUUUCUCCGUGAACGAAACCGCGAAUGUACCAGGAAUAUGAAGAGAAAAAUAAACGCUCUGGAGCUACGUCGGCAGCGACAGGAAGGUAAACAGCAUGAGGACAGUGGACAUGAGUCGGAAUCGCCCAGCAAGAAGAGAUCUCCAUCGAAACGGGCCGCUGGAGGAGGGGGUAGUCCGAAGAGGGCGCGGAUUGCGAGGGGCUAUGGAUCGACGCCCCGCAAGGAAGAUCCCCGGGAGCAUCAGGACCUGAAUCGAGAGGAAAUCGCUUUGAUGUUCAUGGAGGUGUCGGAAAAGAUCGAUCGCUGCUUCGAUUUCGAUCUGCAGAAAUGGUUAAACCGGUACGAGGGCCUACGGGCGAAAGAGGAAACGAAUUUUCCGGAAGCAGCCAUGCUGAUAAUGAGCGCUGCCCAAAUCUACGGCCGCAAGGUAGACUACCUGGAGGAGAUAAUUUUGCACAUGGAUCAAGAUCAGAAGGGGAGAGGUGAUGGUCAGGAGGACGGUAAAAAGGAAGAGAAGCCGACGUCGGGCAGAAAGCGUGCUGCCCGCUUCCAGCCCCAGUCUUUGUCGGAUUGUUUCGGGGAUUUGGAAUUUUCUGUGGUAGAGGGAAAGAAGGCACCGAUUGAGUCCUUGGUUGCAGGGGUAGACAGGGUGGCCGUCGAUCAGCGGAACAAGUUUCAGCAAAUGCAGGAGCUGUGUAGUGAGUUGAGGACAAUGCCCAAUAAGCAGCGGAAACAGGAAAUCUUGAAUCGUCUUCGAGACGACGCAAAUAUUCCGCCGAUCAUGUCCAGUCAUACCGCUGCCAGGAAGAAUCAGAUUCUGGACUUGGAAUCGGGAGAAACAAUCGGAACUCGAUACGACUUUCAGAUUCAUUUGAACUUCAUCGAUGUAAAGACCGGUUCGCUGAUGCCAGAGCAUGAUUUGAGGAAAUUCUUCCAACGCUGUGACGUAAUCGAUUAUCUGUUCGAGCAGCACGAGUGCGAGGACAGGACAAGCGACGGAGCACCCGCAUCGACAUCGAUUUUCCCGUUGAAACCACGUGAGUUCAAGAUCUACAUGCCUCCCGAUUAUCUGAAGAAUAAAUACCGGAUAGAGAUCGACGAUACGGCAGACUUUGAUAACGAGUUGCACAAGGCAAAAAGUAGCAACUAUCGGAAAGACCCGAUUCUGGAACUGAUGCACAGUAAAUUUGCCGAUCCGGGAAAGGACGCAGAGCAAUGGACACGGACAGAAUCGAAUCCGGAGCAAGAAGCUUCAUUCUCGAAUGCACUUUCGUCAACGGCGAUCGAACCUGGUACAACUCCGGACUCUCAAUCCGAUGAGUCAGAUUCAGCACCCCUUGAAGAUAGCGGUACGUUCGACGACAGUCAAACCAUUGAUCCGUCUUCGGUAAAUUCGACAUCCACAGCAAUACAAGAUCCCUCCAAAUCGUCGAUCAUAAUCUCCAUCAUCUCCGAAUGCAACCGGGAAGAUUUCCCUAAAUCUAAGGAAUCCUCGCCGGAACCGGAACUGAUGGCCCUGGAGAACCAACCCAUACCAGACUCCGACAAAGAUCCCAAUCAACCAAAAGAUCAGAAAUGUUCCUCCCGUCUCAGUCUGGAAGACGAAGGCAUCGGCGCGGAUCGGGAAUCCCUCGGCAAGCAGACCCCAACCGACGCUAUGAUGCGAUCCCCUUCGCUGGACAAACUCAGCGACGAUGGAGUGGGCGGAAUCGCUCCAUCCGUGGGUCCGACAACUUUUGGCAGUGGUCAGGUCGUUCUCAGCGCUUCCAGCAAUGACACCGGGGUGCGAACGAUUUCGCUGAAGCCGGCCCUGCUCGAGCGGAAUCUACUCAAGAUUCCCGAGUGUCAUCUGAGGAAGCAUCUGCUGUUCGCGCUGCCGCCCGAGUACAAGCGACUCAAGAUGGACGUGGUGCGCAAAGCCAGCGAUCGGACAAAGGACAUUUUCACUCUGGCUGUGUACAGUUUGAGUCCACGUGGACUGAAGAAUUCGGAAUGGGGAAGACGUGCUUCGACCCCGGAGCCAGAAGAUUUCCACGGCUUCGACGAGUACGCGGAUAUCCUCCAGGGCCCGCUCGGUAAGUGUCUGUACAGCCUUGCUCCGCUCAGUGACGGCCAGCUGUCGAAUGUGUCCCGCCCAUCCUCGCCGGCAAGCGUAUUCUUCGGUUUCGAAAACGAUGAACCAACGUUCGGAAUAGCAACCGAUGAGGAAGCUACGCGCAAGGAUGAAGCCUCUGCGCAGCAGAAAGAAUCUACCGUGUCGGAAUCGGUGCCGCAGCAGGAGCAGUCGGUUCCAGAACCGCAGGAAAAGCCUCAGUCCGAGUCGCAACAGUCGACUCCAACGCGAACUAUGUCGCGUGAUUCAGGCAUCUCAGACGAUCAGAACGAGCUCAGACGAUCGAAAGAGGCUACACCAGAACCCGCAGAUGAGACUUCUGGUGGUAUCGAAGAUUCACAACCCGAAGAAAAUCCGGCUUUGGACAGCGCCAAGUACAUCCAAAGCGUAGCGGAAGCAAAGGAACUGAUCGAAAAGGUCAACAGUUGGCACCGGAAGUUGAAACCGAUUUUGAUCCAAUCGGAAAAGAGGAACCAUUUCGAUAUCCACGCUUAUGGGAGUGAAAUUAUCGAAUCGUUUGGGUCGGAAGAAGUGGUGGAGGAAGUUCCGGUGAUAGAUUUCGGUCAGGUAAUGAAGAAUAAGGCGGAAGAUUUUACGGCGCGGUAUUUCCUGUCGAUGCUGAUGUUGGCCAAUACGAACAAUGUGCAGAUUGUGACGCGAAACCAUGAUCCACAGCGAUUGACGACCAAGGGGGAUAUCGAGUUGCGACUGCUGAGUCGGAAACGUCACCAUCAGGAAAUGGAGAGCAUGGGUGAGCGAAUUCCAUGCGAUAAUACUCCGUCCGGGCGUUUGGCGGCUGGAUCUAAGUUGAAAUCACCUCGAGGGAAAAAGCGCAAACGACUGCUGGACGACGAAGAUGACGAAGGUAUGGAGGAUGAGGACGAAGGGCACCUGAGCGGAAUUUGCCGUUUGCAAGAUGACGACGAUCCGGAUCAUGACUUUUUGGAGCGCAUUCGGCGAAUUUAUCCGGAUAUCAACAGCGAGGAGACCAAACGGAAGCGGAUAGCGUUCCGCCGGGGGAUGCGUCGGUGUGCAUACGGGCUGCAAGACGACGAGCAGUGCGUUGAGGAGCAAAGUGUUCCUCCGCCGCAGCCGCCGGAUCCUGUGGAACCGGUCCCGGAAGAGGAUGAUCCAGAUGAGAUUCUGUCCGUCGAUUUGAUGACCAACGAAGCAAUACUAAUGGCACCUUCGGCAGUACCGUUGGUCGAUCCGGAUCCUUGCUGUUCCAAGAGUUUGAUCUCAGCGGCCGAGUCCGGGUACGGAUCGAUGAUCGAUUCAAGUGAUUGUUAGGAUAAUUUUCCGUCAUUUAGCACUCGAAUAUCUUGGCACGUGUUCAUAACUUUUAUUUUAUUUUUUGGUAGCACCCACGAUGCAGGGACACGCAGGGUGAUCAGUUUGUUAGUUAGCGAACAGUGAUCGUGUGCGCUGUUCGUUGUUGACGUAGAAUUAAGUCCAAACCCCAAAACCUUAGACGCUAAGCUACACAAAUCUCUAUCAUAUUUUUUAUUUAUCGCAACUUUGACUUUGUUUUCCCAGUACAAAACCAACGUACACGUAAGUAAUGAACACUAAUCGUACUCUUUUUGUUUCUGAGCAUUUCACCCAGUGUAUUUUCCAAUGCCUUUUUUGCAUUCGAUUUUUAGUUAAGACUUUAAUUUUUGUUUUUAAUCUAACGAGAUUCCUUAUUUACACCUGAUAGUACUAUAUUCACUCGAAUCCACAUUAUUUACACUUCAUUUUCAUUUUUCCAAAAACAAAGUAUUUCUUUUGAAAGCACCUUUUGGCUUUUACUUGCAUAUUACACAUCCAGUGCGUCUAAUUCGUUUUUGUUCUACAAUGAACUAUCAUCAUUUAGGUGUAAGGUCGAUCAAAAUAGCUCUCGUAAUUUAAAUACCCAAGUGAAUUUAUUUAGCGUCUAGUUUUGAGCAUGAAUUUCUUUCUAGACAGUUUAGGCUAAUUUGUAGCGGUAAUUGAACAUCAAUCACAAACUUGACACGGCUGUUGCCACAAUUGUAGAGCAAAUUCCUAUUCCUACAAAAUGAUCGCUAGACAAAAGAUGUAAGAGUUUAUUGUGACAGUAUGAAUUAUAUUUUGUAAUAAAAGCACUGAUGAAAAUCGUCAAAA